AUGAUUUUCUCUGGGAUCAAUCGUUGCAAAAAAGCUAAUCACAUUUAUCCAAUUGAUAUACAUAAAAAAUGUUGCUCUUCCAAGAAAAGUUUUGAUUAUGUCAGAUUACCUGAGGAAGCAAGAGUUGUCAUAUGUGGCGGAGGAGUUUUAGGUUCUGCUGUUGCAUACCAUCUAUGCGAAUUAGGAUGGGGAGAGCACACUGUAAUUCUCGAAAAGGGAAUUUGUGCUAAAACAGCUGCAUGGAUAUCUUCCGGCUUAAUAGGUAGUUUCAAACCUAAAUUAUCUCAAGUAAGGCUAACGCAGGAAACGAUUCGUCAAUACAAAGACAUGGAGGCCAAGGGUCUAAAAACUGGUUGGAAACAAUGCGGGAGUCUAUGUUUGGCACGGACGAAAGAUAGGAUGACUGUUUUUCAAAGGAUGAAAGCAAAGGCCGUGUCCUGGAAUAUUGAAUGCGAAUUGAUAACUCCUGACGAGAUUAAAAAAAAAUGUCCUUUGCUUAAAACGGAUGAUUUAUAUGGAGGAUUAUUCAUACCCGGAGAUGGAGUAGCGGAUGCUCAUGAAAUUUGUAAAUCAUAUUUGGAAAGUGCAAAAAAAAAGGGUACUCAAGUGUUUGAAAAAACUUCAGUCACCAAAGUGAUUUGUGAGGAAGGAAGAGUGACUGGAGUCGAAACCAACAUCGGAACAAUAAAAUGUAAUUACUUUGUAAACUGCGGAGGAUUUUGGGCUCGAGAAGUUGGUAAAAUGAGCGAUCCCGUUGUCAAAGUUCCCAUACACGCUUGCGAACAUUACUACCUUCACACUAAGAAAAUUGAUAACCUGGAUCCCAUGACGCCAGCUGUCCGGGAUUUGGACGGUCAUAUUUAUUUCAGGGAAUAUCACGGAAAGCUUUUGUGCGGUGGUUUUGAACCCGAAGCCAAACCUGCUUUCGAAGAUGGAAUAUUGCCAGAAAUCCCCGAAAUGCGAGUUUUACCAGAAGAUUGGGAUCAAUUUCAUUUUUUACUUCAACAAAUGAUUCAUAGAGUGCCUACUUUGGAAAAAGCAAUGCUAGAAAAAUUAUGCAAUGUUCCUGAAUGUUUUUCUCCGGAUUGCAAAUGGAUAUUGGGAGAAGCUCCAGAAGUUCGAAAUUAUUUUGUGGCUUCGGGAAUGAAAGCUGUCGGUGUUUCGGCUGCGGGUGGCGUUGGUCGCGUCACCGCCGAUUGGAUUGUAAACGGAUACACUUCCCACGAUCUCUACGAAUUGGAUAUUUCUCGAUUUUUGGGAUUACACAACAAUAUUAGAUUUUUACGAGAAAGAGUAAAAGAAACUCCUGGUAUGCAUCACGGAUUAAUUUAUCCCUUUCACGAGUACAAGACUGGACGUAAUUUAAGAAUGUCUCCAAUUUAUCCCAUGCUAAGAGAAGCGGGAGCUGUUUUCGGUCAAGUCAUGGGUUACGAACGGCCGACUCAUUUUGAAUCUAGUCACGAAAGUGAUCGUUUACCGGAUGGAUCCAAAGUUUACAAAAUAGCAGAAAACAGAACUUUCGGAAAACCAAAUUGGUUUGAUUUCGUUGCCGAUGAAUACAAUGCUUGCAGAGAGUCGAUAGGAUUCAGUGAUUAUUCGUCAUUCACUAAAUUAGAAAUGUGGUCCAAAGGCAGAGAGGUGGUUGAUUUGCUUCAGUUUUUAUGUUCAAAUGAUGUCGACGUGCAAAUUGGAAGCAUUAUUCAUACGGGUAUGCAAAAUGUACAUGGGGGAUACGAAAACGAUUGCAGUUUAAUAAGAAUGGCUGAAAAUCAUUUUUUUCUAAUAGCUCCGACGAUACAACAAACGCGAUGCAAAGUUUGGAUCAAUCGUUUUAUUCCAAAGGAUGGAUCCGUUCACUUGUCAGAUGUAACUUCAAUGUAUACGGCCAUAUGCGUUAUGGGACCAUUUACGAAAUCUUUACUACGUGAAUUAACUGAUGCCGAUCUCUCAUCUAAGGCUUUCCCUUUUUUUACUUUUAAGGAAAUUGAUAUUGGAUCGGCAAACGGGAUUCGAGCGCUUAAUAUCACUCACACGGGCGAAUUAGGAUUUGUCUUGUACAUUCCCAACGAAUUCGCUUUACACGUUUACCAACAUUUAGUCGAUGCGGGACAAAAAUAUGGAAUAAAGCAUGCCGGUUACUAUGCAAUGAGAUCUUUGAGAAUCGAAAAGUUUUUUGCUUUUUGGGGUCAGGAUUUAGAUACUUCUACAACUCCCCUUGAAUGUGGGAGAACUUGGAGAGUAAAAUUUGAUAAAGGAGUCGAUUUCAUUGGGCGUGAUGCAUUGUUAAGGCAAAGGGAAAAUGGCGUAAAAAGAAUGUACGUACAACUAAUACUUACUGAUCACGAUCAUGAAAAAGAUUUAUGGUCUUGGGGCGGAGAACCCAUUUACAGAAAUGGCAAAUACGUUGGAGCUACUACAACCACUGGCUAUGGAUACACAUUUAAAAAACAAGUUUGCUUGGGUUUUGUUAAAAAUUUAAAUGAAUUUCAAGAACCACAGAAAAUCACAAGCGAAUGGGUUUUAUCUGGAAAUUAUGAAGUCGAUAUAGCAGGGAUUCGGUACCGUGCAAAACUAAAUUUAUAUUCACCAAAUUUGCCUUCUAAAUAUCCUGACAAGGAGCGCCAAGCUUACCGUGCCACUAGAGACAAAAUGAUCACAGAACCUAUUUUGUCAUCUGUCGUAGAAUAUGUUUAA